AUGAACGUGCAUGCUUUGUUCUUCGGAUGCUGUGCGCUUUUGUGCGUGGACUUGGUAUCGCAAGCCCUUGGUCUCAAACCCAAACCGAGGUUAACGUCCUCGGCAGCGAACAGCGGCGCCAAGAUCUCGCGCAUUCGCGCUGCGACGCCACCGAUUCCGGCCGAAAAGAUGCCCCCGUACCGCGCGGCGCACGCGUCCUCAGGAUUCACCUCAUGCGCCAGUGGAGGAAAAGCCGUCCUCAUGGAGCAUAAAAGACCGUCGGCAAAAAGGAGCGUGAAGGUGAAAGGCAAAGCGAAGGAGAGAGAGACACCGAGACAACCGGUUGUCACACCGCAUGAUUACAUGCUGUCCCUUUACUGGUCUCUGUCCACCGGGCAGAUGAACCAGAGCGCAAUGCACGAGGCGGGCAUGGCCAACACCAUCACGAGCUUCGUGGACAAAGGACAAGAUGAGCAUGUGCCCCUGUUAAGGCGUCAGAGGUAUUAUUUUAACAUCAGCUCCCUGGAGAAGGAUGGACUGCUGGGAGCUGAAUUACGCAUUCUCAGAAAGCCCUUCACUGAUCCUCUUAGAAUCCCUGCCACUGAGAGCAGAACCUCUCUUCGACUUUACACAUGCGCCACAAGUAAGCAGAGGGCAAUGCUGCUCCAGUCGCAGCCCAUAGACAAUCGCAGUAUCCAAAAAUGGGAAGUGUUUGACAUUUGGAAAGUUUUCAAGCGUUUCAGAAACACUAUUCAGCUUUGUUUUGAGUUGGAGGCAAUGGAUCGGGGCCGCCCAUUGGACCUCAGGUCACUUGGCCUGGAUCGUUCAGGCCGGCAAAACAAGGAGAAGGCCUUCUUUGUGGUGUUCAGCCACACAAAGAAACAUGGUCUCUUUUACAAUGAGAUCAAGGCACGCUCAGGCCAUGAUAACAAAACUGUGUAUGAGUACCUGUUUACUCAGCGCAGGAUGCGACGGGCACCAAAGCCAAGUGUCAAGAAGCCAAGCAGAAGUCCAAAGACACGGUGCAACCGCAAGCAGCUGCAUGUCAAUUUUAAGGAGAUGGGUUGGGAUGAUUGGAUCAUUGCACCAUUGGAGUAUGAGGCCUUCCACUGUGAUGGAAUUUGUGAUUUUCCCAUCCGCUCACAUCUGGAACCCACCAAUCACGCCAUCAUCCAGACACUCAUGAACUCUAUGGAUUCUCACUUGACACCACCCACUUGCUGUGUACCCACCAGACUUAGUCCUAUCAGUAUCCUCUACAUUGAUUCAGCUAAUAAUGUUGUGUACAAGCAAUAUGAGGACAUGAUGGUAGAGAGUUGUGGCUGUAGAUAG